ACAGACCUAAGAACCUUACAAACCGCCAUAGACCGCUUCAUCUGGAAUGAUCGCAAGCCAAGAGUGCGCCGAUCGACACUAUAUGUCCCUAAACACGUAGGCGGCUUAGGCCUCCCCAACCUACUGUAUUACCAACACGCAGCCCACCUGGCACAAAUUCAACACUGGCACCUCCCUCCCGACCAUAAACGCUGGGUUGACUUAGAACACCUCAUAUUCGGUCGAGACCACCCCUCCCUAUACAUAUGGCUACCGAAACAGCAAAGACCACUGCCCCCCCCAACUUCCCCUGCAAUUACCUAUUCCAUAGACCUUUGGGACCGCCUUAGUGACAAAUUUGACCUCUCCUCCGGCCUCUCACCCCUUACUCCCAUUCUACGCAACCGUAUGUUCCCCCCAGGACUUACACCACAGCACUAUGCCCACUUCGAAGACAGAGAUAUCGCCCGACUUGGCCACCUAUACCCAAACG